GUCUGGAUUCUUCAGAAACAUUAUGAAACUUAGCGCUGCAAUAUUAGGAGUAGUUUUUCUAAAAGUGACAACUGCACAUCUGAAUGCAUUUCUAGGUGAAUGCCGAUACAAUGAUGUGAAGGUCGACUGCAUGCCACCGUGUCCAAGAAUCUGCAUGAGUCACCUCUUGGUCCGCAAGUGCAAGGCCGUAGAAUGCACUCCUGGCUGUGCUUGUCCUGAGGGAUGGGUGCGAAAGGCUUCCGAUACAGGACCAUGCAUCAAGCGGAGCAGCUGUAAGCGAUGGAUUGUAUGAAUUCUCAAAAUACAAACUGAAAACAUGUUUCAAUUGGUAAUAAAUCUAUUCAGCUUAA